CACCACUACAUUCCCCACUCCCCCGCCCCUGAACGCCCAGGGACAGCCCCAGGCAGGGCUGCGCCCUAGCCCGCGCCUGUGGGCUGCGGCGCUCCCGCUGCUGUGCAUUCCCGGGUGCCCGCUCAACCUGUCAGGGUUCCAUCCGCGCCAGAGGAUGGGCGGGAGGUCGCUGCAACUGUGGAGUGGGCGCCCCAUAGAGGAGCAUGAGAGCUGGCCCUGAGCAGGUCCUACCCCAUGGCUCCGGGGACACACGUGACUCAGACACCAGCCCUCCUGCCCUGGGAGGUUUCCCAGACAGGGAAAGAAGCAGAGGAGAGAAGGUGAUGAGACCUGGAAUGGGGGACACCCCAGGCAGAGUGAGAGCCCAGAGGAGGUGCCUGAACAAGCCGGGCCCAUCUGAGAACUAUGAGCUGAGACCAGAAGGCCCGACCACCAUGGGCAGUCUGGCCUACAGUGAGGACCCUGAGGAGGAAAACAACUCAGCGUUCACCUGGGAGGUGAAGGCCAACAGCCGGACUUACAAUGACCAGUUCAAGGAGAAGGCCUUCCUGUGUUGGCAGAGGAAGAAGUACAAGGACAACACCAUCCACACAGCCAAGUACGACUUCUUCUCCUUCCUGCCCCUGAAUCUGUACGAGCAGUUCCACCGAAUGUCCAACCUCUACUUCCUUUUUAUCAUCAUCCUCCAGGGCAUCCCCGAGAUCUCCACACUGCCAUGGUUCACCCUCUUCACUCCGUUCAUCUGCCUUCUCGUCAUCCGGGCCGCCCGAGACUUGGUGGAUGACAUUGGGCGACACAGGAGUGACAGGACCGUCAACAACAGGCCCUGCCAGAUGCUGGUGGGGAAGAGUUUUCUGUGGAAAAAAUGGAGAGACCUGUGUGUCGGGGACCUCGUUCGUCUGCACAAAGACAGCAUUGUCCCGGCCGACGUGCUCUUGCUGGCCAGCACAGAGCCCAGCAGCCUGUGCUACGUGGAGACAGCCGACAUUGAUGGGGAGACCAACUUGAAGUUCAGGCAGGCCCCACUGGUCAUGCACCAUGAGCUAACCAGCAUCAGGGAGAUGGCUUCCUUUCAAGGCAAGGUGGUGUGUGAAGAACCCAACAGUCGAAUGCACCACUUUAUGGGACACUUGGAGUGGGAGGGCAAGAAAUACUCCCUGGACAGUGGCAACAUCCUUCUACGUGGCUGCAAGAUCCGGAACACAGACACCUGCUACGGAAUGGUCAUCUAUGCCGGUAGAGCCGCUCUAGGGCCUCUGCAGUGUUUUGACACAAAGAUCAUGAGGAACUGUGGCAAGAUCCAUCUGAAGAGAACCAAGAUAGACCGUCUGAUGAACAGGCUGGUGGUCCUGAUCUUCGUGUUCCUGGUGCUGAUCUCUAUGGCUUUGACCUUGGGCUUCCGGGACAUGGUGACAGAAUUCAAGGCCAAGCACCACUAUGUGGCUGAGAAGCACGUGCACAGUGUAACCACCGAGUCUUUCCUCAUCUUCUGCAGCUUCCUCAUCCUGCUCAGUGUCAUGGUGCCCAUGUCCGCGUUCUUCACAGCUGAAUUCAUCCAUCUGGGGAACAGCAUUUUCAUCAACUGGGAUGUGCAGAUGUACUAUGAGCCCCAGGACAUGCCUGCCAAAGCCCGCAACACCAGCCUCAGUGACCAGCUGGGCCAGGUGGAGUACAUCUUCUCGGACAAGACGGGCACGCUCACGCAGAACGUGAUGACGUUCAGGAAGUGCUGCAUUGACGGCAUCGUCUACGGCCCAGACGAGGAGGAGGCCCUGCAUAAGGAGAACCCUUACCUCUGGAACAAAUUUGCCGAUGGGAAGCUGCUCUUCCAAAACGCGAGGCUCCUGGGUGCUGUGCGCAGCAAUGAGGACAGGAUGGUGCGGGAGUUCUGGCGCCUGCUGGCCAUCUGCCACACGGUGCUGGUGCAAAAGAAAGACAACCAGCUGUUGUACCAGGCAGCUUCCCCUGAUGAGGAGGCGCUGGUCACAGCAGCCAGGAAUUUCGGCUACGUGUUCCUGGCACGAACGCAGGACAGCAUCACAGUGGUGGAACUGGGGGAGGAGCGGGUGUACCAGGUCCUGGCCAUGAUGGACUUCAACAGCAUCCGAAAGCGGAUGUCUGUGCUGGUCCGAAACCCUGAGGGCUCCAUCUACCUCUACACCAAAGGCGCAGACACUGUCCUCUUUGAUCGCUUGUAUAAGAAAGACUUGAAAGAGUGGACCAGCACAGAAGAGGCCUUAACGUCCUUUGCCAAGCAGACCCUGCGCACGCUGUGCCUGGCCUACAAAAAGGUGGAUGAGGACACCUACGCAGAGUGGCGCCAGCGGCACCAGGAGGCCAGUGUCCUUCCUCAGAACCGGGCCCGUGCCCUGCACCAGGUGUAUGAGGAGAUGGAGCAGAACCUCCAGCUUCUCGGAGCCACAGCCAUUGAGGACAGGCUUCAGGACGGUGUCCUGGAAACCAUCCAGUGUCUCAAGCAAGGGAACAUCAAAAUAUGGGUACUCACGGGGGACAAGCCAGAGACAGUGGUGAAUAUUGGCUUUGCCUGCCAGCUGCUGUCCGAAGACAUGCUCAUUCUGGAGGAGAAGGAGAUAGCUCAGAUCCUGGAGUCCUACUGGGAGGGCAACAACAACCUGCUGAGCAGCAAGGGCUCUAUGAAGAACCAGCUCCUGUCACAGGUCAAGAUGGCCAUGGUCAUUAGUGGAGAGUUCCUGGACCAGCUACUGCUCUCUCUGAGCAAGGAGUCCCGGGUGCUGGUCCAAAAUGUGAACGUGGACACGGAGGAAUCCUGGCAGGAACCAGGCGAGCAGAGGACAGACUUCCUGCAGGCCAGGAGUGCCUCUCUGAUGAGGCAGACCCUCUGGACCUGGCUGAGAAGCAUAGGGCUGGUGCCGCAGAGCAAAGAGUCCAACGCUCAUGAGAGCCCCCAGGUGCAACGGGAGCGGGCCUUUGUUGAACUGGCCUCGAGGUGCCGAGCGGUCAUCUGCUGCCGGAUGACGCCCAAGCAGAAGGCCUUGAUUGUGGCACUGGUCAAGAAAUACCAGAAUGUGGUGACCCUGGCCAUCGGGGAUGGUGCCAAUGAUGUCAACAUGAUCAAGACUGCGGACAUCGGUGUAGGGCUGGCAGGCAAGGAGGGCAUGCAGGCGGUGCAGAACAGUGACUACAUGCUGGCCCAGUUCUGCUUCCUGAGGCGGCUGCUGCUAGUGCACGGACGCUGGUCCUACAUGCGAGUCUGCAAGUUCCUGCGCUACUUCAUCUACAAGACGCUGGCCAGCAUGAUGGUUCAGAUCUGGUUCGCUUUCUACAGCGGCUUCUCUGCCCAGCCUCUGUAUGAAGGCUGGUUCUUGGUGCUCUUCAACCUGCUGUACACCUCCCUCCCGGUCCUGUACAUCGGGCUCUUCGAGCAGGACGUGAGCGCCGAGAAGAGCCUGGAGCUGCCCCGGCUGUACAGCGCUGGCCAGAAGGAUGAGCUCUUCAACUACUGGGUCUUCCUCCAAGCCUUUACCCAUGGCACGGCCACCUCCCUGGUCAACUUCUUCAUGACCCUGUGGCUCAGCUGUGGCAUGUCUGAGCUCUUCAGUGACUAUCAGUCUUUUGCUGUGGUUGUGGCCCUGUCGGGCCUGCUGUCCAUCACCGUGGAGGUCGUCCUCAUCACCAAGCACUGGACGGUCUUGUUCAUGCUGGCCAUUGUCUUCAGCCUCUGCUUCUACAUGCUCAUAACUUGGGCCAGCCAGAGCUUCUGGCUCUUCAAUAUUGCCCCCCAAAACUUCCCUUUUCUGUAUGCUGACCGAAACGCGCUGUCCCACCCCUCCAUCCUGCUGGUGGUCCUGCUGAAUGUGUCUGUAAACACCCUGCCUGUCCUGGCCUUGCGUGUCAGUUACCAAGCUUUUAAGAAGAAACACCCCAAGGAGGAGGAGGCUCUGGCUGAGGGGACCGCUGUGGAGUCCCUGCCCUACCUACGCCGGGAGUCACGUGCCCGGCGCUCCAGCUAUGCCUUCUCUCACCGGGAAGGCUAUGCAGACCUCAUCACACAGGGCACAGUUCUGCAGAGGUCACCAGGGGUCAACAGUGACACACUGGCUGAUCACUCAGUCCCAUCUGUUGAAGAAUCGGCCCCGAGCAUCAAGGAGUCACCCCAGUACCAGGGGAGCCUGUCAUUCCUGGGGAAGAGGCGCCAGCACCAGGGGAAGGUGCCCUCUGAGGACGUGCGGCCCCCCUCCAUGAUGAGCUCCUCCUUGGCUGUGGAAGGAAAGUUCUCUUUCACUAGCAAUGAGGCUCCUUCCACGAACUGGCAAUCUGGCUCUUUCCGCAAGGAAUUGCCAGUUAAGCAGGCAAGGCCAUAUUCUUCUGUGAAUCUGCCACCAGCCAAGGGGAGGCCAUCAUCUCUCAGAGGAAGCCAGAUGCCAUUUUCUGAAAGCCAGCCACUGCCUUCUGGCCAGUCAUCUUUAAAGAACCAGCCAGCAUCCCUGGAGAAAAUGUCCUUUUGGAACAUGUCGCUGCUGUCCCAGAGGAGCUGGCCAUACAUCUGGCAAGAGGAGUCCCAUCCCCAUAAGAAAGGGAGGCCACCACUUCCCAAGUCCUACCCUACUCCGGUGGAAAGUGCCACCGAGUAGGGGAGAAUCACCCACAAAUGAAGGGCCGACAGAGGUGGGGGCCCCACCCUCGGAGAGGCUGCCAGUGCCCAGAGCAAACCAAGUCCCACCUGUCCUGGCAGGGCAGCCACCUCGGCUCGGGAGGCACAGCGAUGGCCCAGGCUCAGGAAAGGUCAGCUGGGGAGCAUGAGGCCUUUCCCCGACUACAGGAGCUUCGCAUCCUUUUCUUCUUCUGAUAAUUAUGGCAGCAUCCCUCUGACCCCAGGGCUCCUCGAGGCGCUCCGUUUUCCUGUGCUUCUUUCUGCAAUGUGUCCUGCGAUAGUCUUUCCUGGUUUUAAAAAUCAAAACAUGCUAGUGGCCAGAUGAGGGGUUUUCAAGGAAAGCCAGUUUUACUUAUUUGUUUAUUUUUCCCUUUUUUCACCCUGGGGCAGAUAAUGUGGACAGAACUUGACUGCUCUCAGAAAGAAAGAAUGUGCCGAGCAGAUUCUGCCUACCGGUCCUGGCUCCCUGGCUGCUGCCUGCCGGCCUCUCCCAGGGCAGUCGACACUUGGGAAUUCAUGCUAAUGUGAAACCAACCGGGGUCCAAGAUGGCAGUGACAGCCACCCGCGCCCAAGAACCAGGAACAGGACACUCAGCAGGCACAGGCGGGUGGCGUGUGGGCACCAGGAGGUGGGAAGCCAGUUUGGGUGUGUAAGCCUUGCUGUCCGCCUUCUUCUUUCCUCCCGCCUCCCACCGGCUGGACACAGAUCCUCAGAAAGGGGGAAAUCAACAGAGAGCAGCGCGAAGGGGCCCGGACAGCAGGGGUCGGGCGCGAAACACAAGGAUGCACAUGGACUCCGGGGCUCCGGCCCCGCACCCCGUUCCCACCCCCCACCCCAUCCACUUAGUACAUUAUCAAGAAAGAGUACAUUAGUCAUGCAUCAAAUCAAAUUCCAUUGCGUCUUUUUUUCCAUUUUCUUUUUUUUCUUAAAUUACAUUUGAACACGGACCACAUAGAAUAAUAAAUACUCUUAUAAGACACGACUCCAAAAACAAGAAACAGAACACGCCAGAGAACACAAAGGUACCCUCUCUCUCUCUCUCUCUCUUCCUCUCCUUCCUAAAGGACUCGUUUAAAUAAGAAAUCUGUAAACGCCCAGUCCUUCGGUCCUCCCAGCUCAGGCUCUCGCUCACGCUCCCUCUGUCUUCCGCCUCUGACUGCCCAGCUUUCGCUGCCUCGACAUUCAAUAUGUCUCCCACAGAACUCGUCAAAGAAAUGACAUACCAUCGUUUGCAAAAUUAUAAUUUAACGGUAUAAAGCUUCAAGUCACGUAUUCCAAAAACUAGCUAAGGAUUUUUUUUAAUCACAUAAACUAUACAU